AUGCCGCCCCGCACGCCCCGGAGCUCGCUCAAGAAGCACGACGCGGCCGCCGAGUCACGAGCGCUGAAGGCGCGACGUCAGCGUACCACAGCUCAGGUCCGCAAGGACAAGCGUCGAGCCGCAGUGCAGACCAAGCGUCGACGCCUCAUGUCGGCAGAGCAGCCUCCUCUUACCAACCGCAGUAUCGCCGAGCUUGUCCGCGUUUUAGGAGAUACGAGCAACGCUUCAGCCACCCAGAGCCAGGCGCGCUUCGAGACGCUAAAGGAGAUUCGCGUGCUGCUAGCCAGCCACGAGAACGACUACGAGCAGGUGGAGCAGAUCAUCGAGUCCGGAGUACGAAUCUAUUUGUGGCAACCUUCUCUAAUUUGUGGCUCUUAUUUGUGGCAGAUUGUGCCCGUCAUGGUCUCCCUGCUCAACUCGGCUUCACCACUGGCCAGCGCCACUCGCACAGGCGGAGAAGUGUACCGUGAGAUCCUGUGGUGCCUCACCAACAUCGCCAGCGGCCAGUACGAGCACACGAAGCUGGUCUUACCUGCUGUGCCUCGCCUUCUCCAGUUUCUCGAGGGGUCCAACCAUUCCCUAGCGGAACACUCGGCUUGGGUCUUGGGCAACAUCGCAGCGGACUGUGAAGAGUUCCGCCAGCAGCUUAUCGCUAAUGGGGCCGUGUUGCCCUUGGUAAAAUUACUGAGUAACCCUAAAGAGAAGGAGCUAGCCAAGACAAGUGCAUGGGCACUCUCGAACUUAGCGCGCGGCUUCGAGACGUCUGCCAAGCCAUUUGUGGACGCAGGCCUCGUGCCCGUUGUGGUCAAAGGCCUCUCGCAGCCUCCUUGCUCUGCCACCUUCAGUGAGGACAUCGUGGUCGAGGUGGUAUGGCUCCUGAGCUUCUUAACAGCUCGGGAAGACGAGUAUCUGAAGCUCAUGCUGGAGAACGGCCUGGUGGAUCUACUUGUGCCCUACUUCUCGACCACGAACGAGCUGCUACUAACCCCGAUCUUGCGUGUGUUCGGCAAUAUUUGCUGUGGCUCGCCGGACCACCAUACGGACGAAUGGCAAUUGCCAUUUGUGCGUCGUUUAGUGCGUGCUGACUCUGUGGUUUUGCCCAAACUAAGCGAAUUCCUCCAGCCCCAACAGGCUGGCACGCAACAGAAGUCUCUGGCGGCUGAAGCUGCGUGGGUUGUGUCCAAUCUGGCAGCUGCAGAGGCUUCUGUUGUGGACUUGGUGAUGCAGACGCAACUCCUCCCUCUAUUGGGACGACAGUUUAAAGACGGCAGCUACGAAGUGCGUCGUGAAGUGGCCUUUGCACUCACCAACAUCGCACUGACUAGCGCCGCACACAUGGAGAGGGUGCUGGUGCUGGAUGUGCUGAAAGGGUUCUUACAUCUCCUUACAGUGGCCGACGUAGCCAUUGUCGGGAACUCGCUGCGCUUUAUUGAAAACGUGCUGCGAGUGGCUACACGCGGCGUGUCUCUAGUUGAGGUGAACGAAGGGAUUGACGCACUGGAGACGGUGCAGUUUGAGUGCGGAGAAGAACAUUUGUCCAAAUGGGCAGCUGCGUUGGUGAACGAAUUCUACGGAGAGAACUACGGAGUCAACUCGCCACCGAGUGCUGGGGGCGUCUCCGGGUUUAACUUUCCAACGGGAGAACCUGUGCAGUUCCAAUUGGGAGGUCAACAGCAACCUGCAGGUCCUGGCGGCCGAGGGCGUGGCGCACACAUGACUACGCCUGCGUGGAAGAAGUAAAGCUAUUAAUAGGAUCAUCAAAGACGACAAACUACUUUUCCUUAGUUAUCAGAUGACAACGUCACGGCCAUAGCAAAGAAACAUUUUUUUUCUUA